GGGAGCAAAAAAACAUGAUCGGAACAACCCUAGUAAUUUUAAAAUCAAAUCACAAAUUCAAGUAUUAGCACAUGUAACAUCCUUAGAAAAAACUGCAAUAGUUGUAACAAAGCUUGCAUAUCUAUAGCAACAAAGGGGGUGUACUGUCCAUCAUUAUUAGGAUAUCGAUUUCACAAAGCUUUGCUUAAGCAUCAAAGUUAAAGGUUCGUCCUGUGUAGUAGCUGUAGAUUUUCACAAAGAAGUUGGAGAGCUUGACUCAAGAGUGCAGGUCCUGAUGAUCAAAUUGUCUGUGCAGCGGAAGAAUGAAACAGCGCACGUUGAUUUUCCUGCUAUUGAAGUUUGUCAUGACAGCUUCUCAGUUUUCAGACAGUCUCUUUGAAAUGCCGAACGAAAGGCCGUCAAUCAAAGAAGGCUCCUGCGUGGAACUGACCGUAACGGCUAAGCGUGACCUCCCCGUGCAGCUUUCCAAUUGGGCUUGGAUGAAAGACGCCAUUUGGAGCACCUCACGGAUGGAGUUUAUAGGUUCUGUCCUUCUCAGCUCCGACCAGGAACGGCGACCCGUCCACCCGUACUUUGUGGGCCGUGCGAAAAGCGUGGGCUCGCCGCCUUCUCUCUGGAGCGGCGGAACCUCAAUGACCAUCUUGAUGUGCGACGUCAUGCAAAGUGACAAUGGCUAUUACCAGUUCAUUUAUGAGCUCAAGGCUGGAGAAGACUCACAAUGGGGAGAGCUUUCAGUUUAUAUCACUGUCAAAGAAAAUAUCUGCCCAGUGUAUAUGGUGAAUCAACGCACCACAUGGGAAAAUAAUGUGAUUAUCCUGACGUGCGCCACUCCCCGUUCAUGCCUUACGCUCCCAGAAUUUGGGGGUGACAAUCUGCCCGUCCCUUUAGGACACGAACAUUAUGACGGGAAGAUAGCUACAAUCCAAUUCGUAGCCAGCUGGGACCAUGACGGCAUGGAAAUCUUUUGCCAGAUAAAAGGCAACACUGACAAGUAUUUGAGGAAAUACUUCACUUUACAUGUAAAAUAUGCCACCAAAAACACCCAGGUAAACUUCCCAGAAGGCAUCAGUUUCAUCCGCGAAGGAGACAACAUGACGCUCAUUUGCAACACCAAUGGAAAUCCCACCCCUACAUUGGAGUGGUUCGAAAAUGACCAAGUACUGCCAGUGGUGGCGCCCCAGUUGACCAUCCCGUCCGUCACAGUCGACCACAACGGAAAGUACAAAUGCGUUGCGACAAAUAUGUACAAAACGGAAGAGGCCACAUUUGACGUCGACAUCAAAUACCCGCCGACCGUUGAGGUGAAAAGCUCGCAGCCCGGAUUCACCGAGGGAGAAGCCAUGACGCUUACAUGCAACGUGACGAGAGGCAACCCCAGUCCCGACCUCUUCAAAUGGUUCAAAGAUGACAUCUAUCUGAGAUCCGGUGAAGUGUACCAGGUCUCAUCGGUGCAGGCCGAGCACAGGGGAUGGUACACGUGCGUGGCCUCCAGCUACGUCGGCUCCGGACAGCAUAGAUUUCUGAUUCAAGUGAACUAUCAUCCAAGGGAAACCAGGAUUUCCGUUGUGGGUUCCGAUAGCCCCAUGGUCGUAGCGGGGACAUCCGUUCGGCUGCAGUGCUUGACCGACGCCAAUCCCGAGCCCAAUAAUUACACCUGGUGGAGUAUCGUGGAUGGCAGCACCUCAGAAUUUUUGGGUGGCAGAUGGACAUUGCUGCCUGACAUACAGCCGGGCGACCAGACGUGCUACAUGUGCAGAGCCACCAACUGGGUCGGCAUUGGUGACAACAGUGAUCUGUUCUGCAUCCAAGUGCUAUACGGUCCAACAAACCUGUUGCUGUCCUUGCCCACCGAAGUCACGGAAGGCACCCUGGUGUCAGUGUUCUGUUCGGUGGAUAGCCUCCCGUUCUCCACCCUCACCUUGACCAGGACACCCAGGGACCAAUCAUCUGUGGUGUCUGUCGCCACAUCUGCUGGCGAGGAGGUGACGAGCAACACCCUUACCUACAGUUUCAAGGCUACCUCUGCCACCGGUGGAAUUUAUGCCUGUGAGGCCUCCAACAGCCAGGGAACACAGAGCACGCAAAAGAUUUUGGAAGUCAACUAUCCUCCCAAAAAUGUGAUGGUGAAAGCCUUCCCUUCUCUGGUGGUGUCCGAAAACGAAUAUCUAACGCUGGAGUGCGUCGCCGACUCAAACCCGCCCACCGACAUGGUGACGUGGUGGAAGGCAAUCAACUCCACGCAGAAGAUCUUGGCCGAGGGACGAACGUUAAAUGUGGCGGCUGCUGAUGUAGGUUUCUAUGGCUGCACCGCUGGUAACAACUUAGGCUUAGCGAGGUCACCUGAAGUUGAAGUCAAGAUCCAGACCCCUCCCAUUGGAAGUGGCAAAGAGUGGAUCCUAUUGUACAUUAUUCCUGCCUUGGUUGUGCUCUUAGUCAUGGCGAUUGUUUUCGCGGUCUUCAGGAAGAUGAAAUCAAAUCGCCCAAGACAUCAGGACUCGCAUUCGCAGACUUCGGUGAACGUCUUUGUCGACCUCCCAACCUGUAGGUCCGGUGUCCAAAAAACAGCUACCAAACAUGUUGACAAUAUAUCCACUACGCCCUCUGCUGGAUCAGUGGAGCAAAACAUGCUCACUUUUCGUUCUGCUGAUCAGAGGAAGACCAGAAUUCCACUUACCUGCAUCCACUUCAGGUACACUUCGAGCGCCAGCAAACAAGGGAGACAACAGUUGACAACGACGAAGAAAACGCCAUUUUGUGGUUCUCAAUCUGACUGUAUACUUGGAACAUCCGCACGACUCAAUGUGCCUUUAUCAAGUCUUAAUGUUAAUAAUAUAUACAAUAAAUGUUUGUUUUUUCGCCCACUUGUGUAAAUAACUAGUAGGUACUACCCAUAAGCGGAUUUUAAGGGGGUGCCAGCGGGGUCAGCCCCCCCCCCCCCCCGUGGGCGAAAAGUGUCAUUGCAUGUAAUUGACUUUCCUAUAUAUAUAAAAGUUGUAAAGCAAUAAAACUACAACAAAAAUAAAUGAAAUGAACAAAAAAUAUAUUUUUAUAAUGGGUCAAAAUUAUUUUUCGAACAGAUCAUGUGACUAGCAAGGUAGACGGUAAUUUGCUUUGCAUAUAAUUUUCACACACAAAAAAAUUAGGGGAGGGCAAUUUUAUUUUUCAAAUCAUUUUUUCUUUGAUUGAAAAUACUUUUUUAAAUCUUUGAAGAAACUUUUUUGGGGGGAUUCAAUGAUUUAGACACAAAGGUCCUACCCAUAAUCUGGCCUAAACAAAAAAGGAUUGCUUCAAAAAAAACUUUUUAGUGUUCAAAUGCAAAAUUUUCAAUCCCAAGUAUUUUUUCGCAUUCAAAAACUUUUUCCAUGAUUGAAAUUGUUCUUUUUUUGGAUUGAUAUUUCUUUUUGAAAAUGUUUUUUUGGAAGCAAUUUUUAAAAAAAUUUUUUGAUUGAAUAAUAAAGACAAAAAUGACCUAGCUUAAAUGUGGCCCAAACAAGAAUCAACAUUACUUCAAU